ACUCCCUUGAAAGUCGGCGGGGGCUUUCACAUUAGGCGGGCUGUCCGCUGACGCGGAAAACAUCCCGUUACGCGAUGGCCGCACGCUUCUAUUCAGUAGUAUCAAUGCUUUACGUGUGAGAUACGAGUGACGCUUUAUCCUAUAAUACUGCAUGUACCUUGAGGAUUCUGGUGGGCAAACUUGAAGCAAAGCUGAGUGCAACUUAACAGCUUGAGUUCCGUUUGAGCGAGGCACUCGCUCGCUGUUUGUCGUAAUCUUAUGCAAAUCUCUAGUUCUGGCGCCACGCCAGGCGGCGCUGCAUUCAGCUCACGCUCCAUAUCGCCGUCAGCCCCCUCGCGCAUGGUCCGCCCCGGAACCGGCGUUUCUCGAGCCUGGGCGGUUGCAUCUGCGGCGCAACAGGGCAUCGCUUCAUCAUACAUUUCAUCAUCCUUCUCGCUAGCUGGCGGAGCGGCGUCAUCAAGCGGACCGUCCUACGGAGCCGCGGACCAGCGCUGUACCGCGCUUGCGGCGACCUGCUUGUUGCGGCCGGGGCUUAGCCCUCGCAUGCGGGCGGGACUGGGCCUUGGGCUGACUGGCCCCGCACCUCGCAAGAACUUUGCUAGCAGCUGCAUCGGCAGCAGUGCCAGCAGUAACAGGCACUGCGGGCCCGGCGGUGUCGUGCUGCCGGCGCCUGCAGCGGCGGCGGCGGCGGUGCCAGCGGCCGCUGCCAGGCGCGGCGUCGCCACCUCGGCGCUCGGCCCUUCCUCCAGCGCCGGUGGCUUUGCUGGCGGCAGUAGCACUAGCGGUAGCAGCUGGGCGGCGCCGUCCAGGCUUGCGAGCAGCUGUGCCUCGGGUAUCGGCGCGGCCAGUGGCGGCAGCAGCGCCGCCGAUCCCCAUAUGAGGGAAGGCGGCGGCAGGCGGCGACACGCGGCAAUGAGCGUGACCGCAGGCUCGGGCGCGCAGGAUGGGGCUGGGGCUGCGCCGACGGGGCCGGGGGCCGCGGCGGCGGCGGCGGCGGCGGCAGUGGCAGCGGGUGGCGCCGACGGCGCCGCCGCCUCCGGCCCCCGAGUGCCCCGCCACACCAACCGCCUGGCUGCGGAGGAGUCGCCUUACCUGCUGCAGCACAAACACAACCCGGUGGACUGGUACCCCUGGGGCGAGGAGGCGUUCGCCCGGGCGGUGGCGGAGGACAAACCCAUCUUCCUCAGCGUGGGGUACGCCACGUGCCACUGGUGCCACGUGAUGGAGCGGGAGUCGUUCGAGGACGAGGGGGUGGCGGCGCUACUCAACAGCAACUUCAUAUCCAUCAAGGUGGACAGGGAGGAGCGGCCGGAUGUGGACCGCGUGUAUAUGGCCUACGUGCAGGCGGACCGCUACCUGGGCGAGCAGCUGGCCAUGCCGGCCUUCGCCACCGUACUGCGCCGCAUUGCCGCCCUGUGGCGCACCAACAGGCGAGAGAUGAGGGACAAGGCUGCCAGCACGCUGCUACAGCUCACCGAGGCGCUACAGCCCGCCACUGCAGCCUCCACCUCUGCCCCCACUGGCAGUAGCAGCACUAGCGCCAGCACCACCGGCAGUAGCAGCAGCAGCGCGCGGGACUCUCUGGCGGCGCUGGCGGGUGCGGCUGUGGAGGGCUGUGCCGCGGAUCUGGGCCGGCGCUAUGACGGCGAGUGGGGCGGCUUUGGCGGCGCGCCCAAGUUCCCACGGCCCUGUGAGCUGCAGCUGCUGCUGAGGGCGCAGGCGCGGCUGGCGGAGGCGGGCGACGUGCUGGGGUCCUCGCGGCUCCUCGGCAUGGCGCUUCACAGCCUGCGCGCCAUGUCAGGCGGCGGCAUGUGGGACGUCGUGGGCGGCGGCUUCCACAGAUACAGCGUGGACGAGCUGUGGCACGUGCCCCACUUUGAGAAGAUGUUGUACGACAAUCCCCAGAUGGCGGGCGCCUAUCUGGCGGCCUGGCAGCUGACGGGGGACAAGGCCUUUGCGACGGUGGCCCGCGGUGUGCUGGACUACCUCCUCCGUGACAUGACCUCCCCCGCCGGCGGACUGUACAGCGCUGAGGACGCAGACAGCGCAUUGCCGCCGCCGCCGCAGGUGUCGGCGGCUGCGGCGGCGGCUGCCUCGGCCUCGGGCGGAGCGGAGGCGGAGGCGGCGGGGGGAGGAGGAAGGGGUGGGGAGGUGGAGAAGCGGGAGGGCGCCUUCUAUGUGUGGGAGCACGGGGAGGUGAUGGCGGUGCUGGGCCCGGAGCUGGGCGCCUUGUUCUGCGCCGCGUACGGCAUUGAGGAGAUGGGCAACUGUGACCGCUCCGACCGGUCUGACCCGCACGGCGAGUUCGAGCGCAAGAACGUGCCGUACGCCGCCAUGGCCCCGGAGGCGGCGGCGGAGCAGCUGGGCCUGACCCAGUACGGCGGGCCGGCGGCGGCGGAGCGGGCGCUGGCGGCGGCGCGGGAGAAGCUGCAUGCGGCGCGGGCGGCGCGGCCGCGACCGUCCCUGGAUGACAAGGUGGUGACGGCCUGGAACGGCAUGGGCAUCGGCGCCUUCGCACUCGCCUCCCGAGCGCUGGCGUCGGAACAAAACGUCGAGCGGCUGUUUCCGAGCGAGGGCCGCCCCGCCGCCGCCUACCUCUCCGCCGCCGCCGCCACCGCCGCCUUCGUGCGGCAGCAGCUGUGGGACCCCGCGGCGGGGCGGUUGCGCAGGAGCUACUGCCGCGGGCCGUCGGCGGUGCCGGGCUUUGCUGACGACUACGCCGGCCUCAUCUCGGGGCUGCUGGACCUGUACGAGGCGGGGGGAGGCAGGGAGUGGCUGGAGUGGGCGAUGCAGCUGCAGGAUGCGCAGGACGAGCUGUUCUGGGACCCCGCCUCGGGCGGCUACUACUCCACACCCGACCCCGCCUCGCCGGACGCAGACCCGUCCAUCCGCAUCCGCAUCAAGGACGACUACGACGGCGCGGAGCCCAGUGCCAGUGCGGUGGCGGCCGCCAACCUGAUGCGGCUGGCCGGCCUGGUGCCGGAGCGCCCGCAGCCGGGGGGAGGAGGGGCGGCAGGAGGGGCGGGAGGGGGAGGGGCGCCGCUGCCGUAUGAGGAGGCGGCGGCGCGGACGUUGUCGGCGUUCUCGGGUCGCCUGGCGCAGACGCCUCUGGCGGUGCCUCAGCUGUGCUGUGCCGCCCACCUGUACACCAGGAGGCCGCUGCGGCAGGUGAUUGUGGCGGGCCGGCCUGAUGCCGCCGACACCAGUGCGCUGCUGGACGCGGUGCACGGCCCCUUCUGCCCCGACAAGGUGGUCCUGGUGGUGGACCCCUCCGACCCCGCCGACAUGUCCUGGUGGGCCGCCCGCAACCCGCCCGCCGCCGCCAUGGUGGCGGCGCACUUUGCCCGGCUGCAGCCGCAGCAUGGGCAGCAGCAGCAGCAGCAGGCGCAGGGGCAGGCGCAGGGGCAGCAGCAGCAGGCGCAGCAGCAACAGCCUGGUAGUGCGGGUGGUGACAGUGGCAGUAGCAGCAGUGCCGGGGCCGGGGCCAGUGCGGGUGGCAGCGGCAGUGUCAGUGCGGGUGCGGGUGCGGUGGUGUUCAUCUGCCAGAACUACACCUGCCAGGCGCCCACGUCGGACCCGGCCCGUGUGAGGCAGAUGCUGGAGGCGGCGCAGGCGCCGCCCAGCGCCGCGCAGCUGCAGCAAUUUACCCUGGGCGGCAAGCUGUGAGUGUGCGUGUGUGUAUGUGUAUGUGUGUGCGAGCACGUAUGUGUGUGUGUGAGGCGGGUGUGUUUGGGGUUGUGGGCGCGAGGGUGCGAGGGCGUGAUGUGACGUGAUGGCGGCGGGUGUAAUGCUACCCGGCGUCAAGGUGAAGCCGAGAGGAAGCCCCAGGCCGAGGCCGCGCGCUCCAUUCCUGCAAUCAAUCCUGCAUGCGCGCGACUCGAGCGGCGCGGGUGCAGCUGCGAGCGCUGAGCGUUGAGUGUUGUGUAGGGUUGUGUAGGGUUGUGUAGGGUUGUGCAGAGAGCGUGCUGGAGGCAAGUUGGGUUGCAGGUCUUGGGUUUCAUUGAUUGCACAUUUGUUGGUCAUAUGUUGGUUGGGAAAUGCCGGCUACGCACGCAACGACUGCUGGCCUGCGGGGCUCAGGGGGGUUGGAUGCCGCACACGAGCAUGUGUGUAUGUGUGUGCAUGUAUUCGUGUGUAUGCGAUGGGUCGUGUCGGGCAGGGCAGGCCUGGGUUGGGGCUUAGGGAUUGCUAGAGUACCGUACUAGGACCAGACUCCAAACCCAAGCAAAAAACGUGCGGCGGGCCUCGGGCUUGGGGGUUGGGUUUGAGGAUGGGGGCGAAGCAUGUGUGUGUAUGCGACACUCUGUGUGCGAGGCGCCAUGCCGGAAGGCUGUGUGCAGCUUCUGCCCUGACUGCGUGGGGUGGCCUUGGGAGUGGUGAGCCCGCAGAGAGGGAGCCGAAUGACGCUCAAUUGGAGCCGCGCCGCCGCAAUGGCGAGCGUGUCGCAAUCAAUUGGGCGGGGGUUUUCGCAAUGAGCCGAUCCGGGGCCGGACCCAGGGGGCGUUGUGCAUCUGUCUACACUUCCGUCAAGAUACUUUCUUUGUAACGAGUUUGGCGA